UGUGCGGCUCCCGCAGAGUGCAUCUUUGUAGCAUUGUACUGUUACCAAACUUUAGGGUUGCUCAGAAGUGCUUUUAAAGUGUCUUUAACUGGCACAUACUGGCAGAAACGUUCUUUACCAUUAGGAUCAAUUCCAAGAUAAACCUGAGUUGGCUCAACGUAACUGAAAUUACUCUUGAAAAAUGUCUUUCUAGUUUGAUCUGAGCGAAAAACACCCUCAUUGUGCAUCUUCAGUAGAUUUUCUUUUGAUAGGCCAUCCAGUAUUUCAUUGAUUCUAUCUCUGGGUAUCCCAAGUUUUUCUAGUUCUUGACUUAUUAUAGUCAGUAUGUGUGCCAUUCCAUUUGAAUUGAUUUCUUGGAACUCUUCAAUUAGAGCUGAGAUUGUUGUGGCUGGCAAAAGCAUCUUAGCUUGCAUUCUAAGAUAGAAGAGCGCUAAGUUUGUCAGGAAUACAUCUCCAUCUUCUUUGUUUGAGAAACUCUCCCCAAUUUCAGCAAAUUCUGCAUGGUCUGUGCCAUAAUCAUUCCCAUUUCCAUCAUCAGGAUUGUCGGUAUUAUCACCAGACACUCCGCCGGCAGAAGCUGCUUGCUCAGCUGAAUGCUUUCUGCUCAUUUGUGAGAGGAAAGAAGACCUCACCCUGAAAUUAUUUUUGCAACUUUCAAAAGGGCAUUCAAUUUUCUUGCCAUCUCUAAUGUGCCAUUUCAAAUGUUCACAUAAGCUGGAAAAGUUUGUUGAGGUGAAGGCACAUCCCUCAAUAUGGCAGGUCAGAUCAAUACAUCUUGGAGACCUGCUGACAGCUGGUUUGGGCUUUGAGUGGUUGCGAUCCAUGUGAAUCUGAAGGGCAGUGGCAGUCCUAAAACUACAAGGACACCCAACAAGCCCACAAGAAAAUCUAAAGUUAGCAAGAUUCCUGUGUUCCUUGACAUGCCUAAUAAACACAGAGAUAGUCUCUGCAGAGUAACAACAUUGUUUGCAAGAGAAACCCAUUUCUAAAGAUCCCCAAUGUAUUUAUUAUUUAUUCACAUCUUUAGUGCUCACCUUAAAUCUACAUUGUUUCCUCACUUCCUUUUUUUAUAUCUCUUGUUUAAAUGUUUCUAAUUAAUCCAUGUUUUUACUUUUAUUUACUCUGUGCCUAUCAAGUAGUCCUGUAUGAAAUGAAUUUAAUUUCUGAAUUGAAUGUGUUGAUUGGUGAUUUGUAGAGAGGGGUUGGGGGGUAUUAUACUGUUUCCUUUUAUGCUACUUUUGUGUGUGUGUGUGUGUGUGUGUGCUGGUCUUUAUCACGUCAUGGGGACAUCAAUCUGUAAACACAGUCACGUCAUGGGGACCUCUUGCAGUGUGGGGACAAAAAAGCAGGUCCCCAUAAGGAUAACCCAUUACAAUGAAUACAGGAACUUUUUCUAAAGGUGCCUGUGUGGUUUUUAGCCAUGGCCCAUAACACACGUUUACCGGUAGGUGUGUGAGUGUUUGGGAGGGUGCCAAGAUGCGCCCCUAAAGGUUUGCGGCUGUAAGUGCACUCACUGCGCCAAACACGGAUUCCAAAUAUGGUUGGGUACCGCCCACUUCCAGGUAGGUACCCGCUAGCAGUAACUGUGCCUGACUGUUCGCUGGUCUGGUAAAUUGCUUGGAGCUCAUUAAGGAUUGAUACGGCGAUUUAAGGACAUAAUGACAGAAGAGCUUUUUCUAAGGAGCAAAGGGGAAACACACGGUCGUGGUGUAUUUGCAAAGGGUUCCAUUUCUCAAGGAGAUUUCGUUCUCGAAUACAGGGGAGAAUUCCUGUUGUUGAAGCCCAGAGAAGGAGGCUGAUAUACCACGAAUCAUGUACUGCAUUCAUGUUUAGGUGGAGAGGGAAAACAUGGUGUAUCGAUGCCGCCAGAGAUGACGGUUCACUUGGGCGCCUCGUUAACGACGAACACAGGCGUCCAAACUGUAAAAUGAAAAAUAUUGAUGUCAAUGGAAGCCCACAUCUUUGUUUGUUUGCCCUUAUGGACAUAAAACAAGGAGAAGAAAUUUCAUACGAUUAUGGAGGUGAAGACUGCCCAUGGAGAACAGAAACGACCACAGUUGGACCAAAUGCACUGCUGGUAGAAGAUUUGCAUACUGUUGUCCUGGCAAAUACCGAAGUGGGUGAUGCUACUCAUCCAAACAUCGCUCAACAGAUGACCACAGUUGGAGACGAUGCCCUGCUAGAUGGGGGCUUGAAACCUGUCCUUUCAAAUACCGAAGGGGAUGAUGAUGCUACUCGUCCAAAAAUCACUCAACAGAUGACCACAGUUGGAGACGAUGCCCUGCUAGAUGGGGGCUCGAAACCUGUCCUUUCAAAUACCGAAGGGGAUGAUGAUGCUACUCGUCCAAAAAUCACUAAACAGAAAAGGUUCUUGAAAGUGAAGACGAAAGCACACAGGGGGCACACUGUUCAUCUACUGUUGAUGAAGAGACUCUUCCUCACAUCGAGAGCCCUGAAAUUCCACCAACCAAGAAGCGAAGACAACGGCCGUUGGUUGAAAUGCCGGAAGAAGUCGGCGCUAUGAGGCCUUCCUCCCAAGGUGAACUCUUUACACAUGUCUUUUGUACGUCAGUAAAGAUUGUCUGUUCCUCUUUGGAAAUGGAUUUUAUUCAGUGUACCAAUUUCAAGUUGUAUUAGUUAUAACAGCCCUAUCAGAAUAUACAAAGGUUGGGGGAUGAAUUGUCAUUAGUUUAUUUUCAAUGCAUAUGCCUAUAAUGGGGGGAUUUAUGCAAUAUCUGUUUGGAAAUUGAAAGCUAAGAUGAUGCAUAUUAGCUUUCAAUUGGCUCACGUGGCAUACUUAAUCAACAUGCAUCCUUAAAGAGCCCAUGCCAUUAAAAUCACAUUUUUCCUAUUGUUUGUUAAAUAACAUAGGUCUGAAUAAGUUUGUGAGCUGUGGUAAGUUUGAAAUCUAUGCAGUUUGUCUGCUGAAUGCAAUAGGCAAUGUCUGUGUUGAUAGAAUAAUGUUAGAAAUAAAACUAACCAAAAUUCCGUUUCAUUAUUAUUAUCCCCAUGGCAAUAGCUGUCAAACAUCAGAUACUCGACUAAAGUAUGCUACAACUUGUCACCUUAUGCCUUAUGACCUCACAAAUUUUAAAGGACAAUUUUUAAAAACUUACCACAAAAUAAAGCAAGGUCCAUCAUCAGAGUUGUUUGGACCAUGGUUCAAUGAUGUGAUGUGAUUAAAAUGGAGACUUGAAGUUCUUUUUACCGGUUUUUAUUAUUACUGUAUUAAAAUUGACAGUAGUGUAAUAUUUCCCAGAAUGCAUUUGCAAAUCAAACAGUAAUUUACUGUCGAACGCAAACACAGUAAGAUACAUUUGUUAUAACAGUAAUAGUACUGUGAAAACAACGAAAUCGACAGUACUUUAUUGCAUAACGCAAAUACAGUAAGAAACGACAUGACAUUACAGUAAUAUUAAUGUGAAAACAACAGAAAUCGUUUACAGUGUAAGCACAGUUAAUUAAGGUAAGCACAGUUAAGUAAGGUAAGCACAGUUAAUUAAGGUAAGCACAGUUAAGUAAGGUAGAUAGA